GUUGAAGCACGGAACCGGAAGUACAUAAAUCCAAACUUCCACACGUGUGAAAGAUGUGGUUGGGUUAAUUUAGUUCACUGUUUUCUUGUUUUUACGGAAUACAAUAAUAACAUUUACAACAGAAGUCAGUCAAAAUUAAAGCACCAAGUAAGUGACGAUGGCUGAGAUAGUCCAACAGCGGAUAGAAAAUCGAAUCCCAGAGUUGGAACAGUUGGAGAGAGUGGGACUGUUCAGCAAAAAAGAAGUCAAGUAAGAUUAAGAACACCCUUUUGCUUAACUAGCUUGCAAUGGUAGCAACAAUCUUUGAAGUUGUAUUACAUCAUAUUCAUCUCCCAAUUACAGAUCCAUGCUAAAAAGGGCGACAGCUUUAGAAUACAAACUGCAUCGAUUGAUCAUAACCAAAGUUGACUUCAUUGCAUACAUUCAGGUGAGUGCCAAAUAAAAAAAGAACAGUGAAUAAAGCUAGAGAAUGUGUGUAUGGGCAAUCAAAAACAAGUAUUAUAAACUGUGUGGUUCGAGCCCUGAAUGCUGAUUGGCACGGGUAUGACCAAACAUUUAUUUUUACUGCUGUAAUUACGUUGGUAACCAGUUUAUAAUAACAAUAAGGCACCUCGGGGGUUUGUGAUAUAUGGCCAAUAUACCACGGCUAAGGGCAGUCUCCAGGCACUCUGCGUUGCGAUUAAGAACAGACGUUAGCCGUGGUAUAUUGGCCAUACGAGGUGCCUUAUUGCUUAAUUAUUCAAUGUAUUAAUCUGUGUUAUUUCUUUGUUAUUUCAGUAUGAAAUCAAUGUCUUAGAGCUGAUAAAGAAGAGAAGAUCGGUAAGUUUUGAAUCUCAUAUGUAAUAAUAUAUGAAGGAUUUGUUUCAUUGGGUCAUUUCAUUUUGUAGGCUACACAUUCGCAGCUAAAACUUGAAUUGUAGUGUAGGCCUACAAAUAAAGAGAAUAACAAUUAGGUAGAUUAACAAAACAAUUAAAGUGACGUUGAUGAAGCCAGCUUCGGAGAGUUCCCUCACAAAGAGUUUGCCAGCUCAUGGCAGAGACUAGUGUUUCUGACAACCCACUGAAAUUAAGAUAGAUGAUUUGAUGAUGCAUUUCAUUUGGCUUGCUAGCUCUGAUGUUGUCCUCAGCCUCUCUGUAGCCUUCCUGUGAUGCCAGGUGAUGGAGUUGGCUUGAUGGCCCUGAUGUCAUCCUUAGCUCAACCUCUCUGGAUGUGCAUCCACUUGGGUGAUGUCUCUGCAGUUACUGUAGCACAAAAAAGCUCACCACACAUCAGUCCAGAGCAGUAGUCAUCCUCACUACGAACUCUUUGCCAUUUCCACAAUGCAGUCAGGUCUCAUAAGGCGGGGGUUUAUAUAAGCCUAGCUGUAUGCCUGUCCGACCUCAGAAACAAUGUUCCACUUUUAAAAUUUCGAUCUCUGUACAAUACUAAGAACAAUGCAGUGUGAAAAGGCCUAUCAUAGAAGCCGGUGCUGAGUUUGAUGCGUCUUUUAAAUACAAACGUUAGCCGGCAACUAGCAAUCUAGCUAGCCUAGCCAAACAUGCAGACUUGCCAUCAGUCCUUCAACUCCAUGGGUAAAAACAACCAGAUAUAUCUAAUCAACACUCAAUGACUUAUCAAAAAAAAAGGAUAGAAAAAAAUAUAUUAUUAAAAUCAUCUAAAUUAUGUACAAAAUAUACAGAGCUCUCUGUUUAGGCUGCCUUACGGCACCAUGGCAACCACAGAAUCCAGUAAUAAUAAUAAUAAUAAUAUCCACUUUCAGUAUCAUGCUAGAGUUUACAACCAAUGAAUGACUACAAGUCCAUUGAAGUUCUAUGAACUAUGGAAAUAUUGAAUAUCUGUAUCAGGAGUUCAUAUUUGUUCCUCAUGUUUCAUUUUUAGCGCAUCGGCUAUCAGUUCAAAAGAGAGGAGAUUGAGUUUUCCAUCAUCUCGAGGAUCAACAACAUUUUCAGAAGGGCCACAACUAAAUGGAAGGUACUAUACAAGCCCUAUAUGACAUAGCUAUUAGCUACGGGAUGUUGAAUAUUUCAAACAGCGCUAUGCAGAAGGCACCAAAGAAGUCAGUGGACAGACCAAUAAUAAGACCUCCUCUUUUUGCAGGAUGAUGUGCAGUUGUGGCUCUCUCACAUUGCUUUCUGUAAGAAAUGGGUAAGUUUAAGUUAUCUUGGGUUCUUAACUGAUAAACGUUGAAUAAAUGUUGUGUUCUGGUGCUGAAACUGUACUUUUUGUUAUCAUCUCAAAUAGAACACAAAGGGUCAACUCAGCAAGGUGUUCUCCUCCAUGCUUGCCAUUCAUCCUGAGAAACCAGGUAGAUUUCUCAUUAUACUAUGGUGACAUACCACAUCAAUGGCAUAUGUCAUUGUAAUGCACACUGAGUGUACAAAACAUUAGGAAUACAUUCAGUUGCACCCCCUUUCACAACAGCCUCAAUUCGUCGGGGCAUGUACUCUACAAGGUGUAGAAAGCGUUCCACAGGGAUGCUGGCCCAUGUUGACUCCAAUGCUUCCCACAGUUUUGUCAAGUUGGCUGGAUGUCCUUUGGGUGGUGGACCGUUCUUGAUACACACGGGAAACUGUUGAGCGUAGAAAAACCCAGCAGUGGUGCAGUUCUUGACACACUCAAACCAGUGCGCCUGGCACCUACUACCAUACCCCAUUCAAAGGCGCUUCAAAUCUUUUGUCUUGCCCAUUCACCCUCUGAAUGGCACCCAUACACAAUCCGUGUCUCAAUUGUCUCUAGGCUUAAAAAUCCUUCUUUAACCUGUCUUCCUCCACUUCACCUCCACUGAUUUUGAAGUGGAUUUAACAGGUGACAUCAUUAAGGGAUCAUAGCUUUUCACCUGGCCAGUCUGUCAUGGAAAGAGCAUGUGUUCCUAAUGUUUUGUACACUCAGUGUAUAAUAAUAUUCCAUUUAGCAUACACUUUUAUCCAAAGCAACUUAUUCAUGCAUGCAUACAUUUUACGUAUGGGUGGUCCCGGGAAUCGAACCCACUACCCUGGCGUUACAAGCGCCGUGCUCUACCAACUGAGCUGCAAGGUACCACUAUAUACACUACAUAUCCUAUCAUUGCUCCAGUUGUUUGAGUGGAUGACAGUGCCUAGUGAGCAGAAUCAUUUGAUUGCCUCUCCAGCCCUCUGGAUCAUGGCUGCCAAGAGCGAGCUGGAGGACAGAAACUCUUCAGAGAGCGCCAGACACCUGUUCCUGCGUGCUCUACGCUUCCACCCGGAAAGCAAGAAGGUCUACCAGGAGGUAAGGAGUUGGAUGGCAUUUGAUUUUCAAUUAAUUGAAGAAUUACCACAUUAGGCUUGAAGCUAAGAUGCUAUGGAAAUCUAAGUGCUGUGGCAGCAAACACUGAAUGCACACAAAGCUGAAAUGUAGCAGGACCACUGUUAAAACCCCCAGGAUGUUUGAUACCCAUGUCUCUACCUGAACAGUACUUCCGUAUGGAGCUGUUGCACGCUGAGAAACUGAGAAAGCAACAGAAGGAGCUGGAGCAGGCUGAGAUAGAUGUGGUGAGUACACACACACACACACCGUUUGAGUUUCUUCUUUUUGUACUGGGUCACUGAUUGUCCUCUUCCACUCUGCAGGGAGAGUACGAGUUCUCCCCUGAGAUCAUGAGUGGCAAACUGGCCGAGGUGGUGUACAGAGAUGCUACUGGGAAAAUCCAAGGUGAGCCGUUUUACAUUGUAUUGUAUUCUAUGCCAUUGUAUUGCCUAACAGUCAUAUGUAUGCCUACUUUGGUUAUUAAGAGAGUAGAGACAGUGUUUUGGAGAUGUUAAUGGAUUUCUCUGUGCUGUCCACAGGAGCUGAUUUCAUCCUGUCUCUUUUGACCAUCGCCGCCAUCUUUGACUUCACUAAAGAACUACAGGACACCAUUAUACAAGAGUAAGGCUCGUCUUUGCUUUGUUCAUCAGUAUUGGCUUUUCCCUAUGACAUUUAGCACAAACACUAAGUGUGAUAGCUUCUAUAACGUGCCUGGUAUUCCAUAAAACAAACAGCGUCACCUAAAACAAUUUUUUGGUUGCUGAUCUCUGUAUUCAUUAUUCAACAUGACACAACACAUACUGACCAUGCUGAAUGUCCUGUCCCCAGCCUGCAGAGCAAGUACACAGACGACUCAGUGACGUGGGACUUCAUGGCCAAGCGGGAGCUGCAGGCGACGGUGGGGGAGGAGCUUCAGUCAGCCAAGGGGCGGGCCUCUGACAUCGCCAGGAGAGAGGAGCGCUGCUGCCAGGUCUACGAGGAGGGCCUCAACAGCCUCAACACAGGUACGUACACACAACAAACAGAAAUGCACACAUCAACACAGGUUAGACAAAAACACAACACAUUACAAACACACAGGUAAGACACCACACAAAACUUAACAUAGGUAGACACACAAUGCAAAUAAAGACCUCGACACGUGUAGACGCGAUACAACUCAACACAAGUGACGAGUUGGAUGAAGUGUAAUGGAGGAGGUUCGGGGACUACGCUCACGUGAUGGGUAACCUUGCCUGAGACCUGAAAAGUUGCAUUUGCAUCCCAAACCUAGGCUUGGCAGGCUAAUAGUGUCGUCUGGGUUCCAGGAGACACUGCUUUCGAAUCAUGUUGGUCACAAACAACUAGGGAUGGGCAUUUUAGACUUUUUUUUUUUACUGUUCGAGUACUCACAUUCGUUUUUUUCUAGUACUCAAGUAUUUAAAUAAAUAUAUAUAUUUUUAGAACACUGGAAAUGUUUUUUUUGUGCCAUUUAUUUAUAUGCCAACAGUGCAUUUUGAAUUAGUUGAAACCGUAAUAUCAACUGGUUAUAUUAUAUCGUGGAACACAGUGUUAAAAAAGGUAGUUACGUCAGCAGUGGCGCUUGCUUGUAGAAGCCUUCUGUUAGCAAUCAAAAGGACUACAUAAAGGUAGGUUAAGUAAUUAAAUAUGAACUGAAAUCAAAUUGCCCCAUUUAUAUAUUCAGUCAACAAAAAACAAGCCAUUUGAGAAUCAUUCAUUGAAACAGUAAUUAGCUGUUUUAACUGCUCAGUUCUGGCGGGGUCACAGCGGCGCUUUUCAGUGGCAAAAGAUGUGAUGCGAGAUUGCUGCUACUUGUCCCCCUCCGAUAUCGUUUCUUUGCGCUUGAUAAGCAUAUGAUUUAUCAUGGAGCUAGUUGUGCUAUGAUAGGAGAGCUUGAUAUUGCUUAGUUUGCCAUUGCAAACCAUGCUGAUAGUGCUCAUUUCACGCUAUGUGCCUGAAACAUCAAAAUCAACAAAACAUAUUUCAUUAAACUGCUGACAGCUCCUCUCUCUGCGUGCUGGAGAAAGGAAUGAAGGAGAGGAGGAACUGGAAACACAUGGUGGUGAGAUAUUCUGUAGCUAAAGGCCAUGUGUCAGCCUAUUAAUUUUAUUCGGCUAUUCAAAAUCUAAUGUAAAUUCACUAUAAUUGUAGGUUCACUACUCUGUAAGCCGCCCUGCACAAUCAAUGAACCAACACAUCGCCUAGGCCAGUGUUUCCCAACCCUGGUCCUCCAGUACCCCCAACAGUACACAUUUGUAUUUUAACCCUGGACAAGCACACCUGAUUCAACUUGUCAGCUAAUCAUGAAGCCCUCAAUGAGUUGAAUGAGGUGUAUUUGUCCAGUGCUACAACGAAAAUGUGUACUGUUGGGGUUACACGAGGACCAGGGUUGGGAAACACUGGCCUAGGCCUAUAGGUUCUCUCCCAGACUGAUGGGUAUAAAGUUUGGAGCGUAGCAUAAAGUAACCAGUCCAUCCAAUAUGCAUAAUAAUACAGUCCACACUCAAAAGGUGAUUACUAGAGUUUGGAGCCUACACCAAAUUAUGUACCAAUUAAAUCUUUAUAUUUUUUAUUAUAUAUAUAAUUUGUUUUUCUGCUGUGCUUAAUAUGCAGUAGGCUAUGUAUUGUAUAACUGCACAAUCAUUUUAAUUCAGGCUUUUUUUCAGGCUUGGGUUCAUAUAUAGGCCUAUAACUGUAAGUCGCUCUGGAUAAGAGCGUCUGCUAAAUGACUAAAAUGUAAAUGUGAAAUGUAAUGUGUAUGCAUAAGCUCUAAUAUGCGUAUAGUGUUCUACAAGCGACAUCUUAAAUGCUUUGAAUUAAUCACCUUAAAAUGCUGACCCUUUAUAUGUUUGGCUUUGAAACAAGAUCCACAACGACCAUGUUUUCCACUCAGUUUUAAUCUGUUGUUGAACUUCUUUCUUGAAAUUGAUCGAUCAUAGUGGGGUCAAACAAUGUAGCCUUCAUUUGCAUUCAUGUCAGAGUGAUUAGAGGGACAAUAGAGCGCUUAGUACCAGGCCAUUAGCGACCUGACAUCGUUAGCGAGUUGGGUACUACCAACACAUCGAUGCCUUUCAUGUACAGAGAGCAUAGGAGGAGAUUACCAUGACUGAACGUUCAUGUGGAAUUUGACUGCCGUCAUGACUCAUGACUGCCAGUCACCGCAACAGCCCUAGUGAUGACUGGUCUCUCUUUGCUGUGUUCCAGAGGCCAUGUGGGCGUGCUACGUGUCCUUCUGCCUGGAGAGGUUCAAGAGGAAAACCAAUGUCCAGGAGCUGAAGGAGAAGGUCAACAUUUCAAACCAUGACUAUAAUUGCUGAUGAGCACUUUUUAGUGAAGAAUAUUGAUAGGUUAUUGAUGAUCUAAUGUUAAUAUGACUAGUAUAUUAGUGAAAUGAGUGUAGGGUUUUAUAAGACUGAAAUCUGACCUGUGUGUGUGUUGGCAUCCCUCAGAGGCAGGAGAGGCUGCUGGCAGUGCUUCAGCGUGCCCACGACUCCUCACUGCUGAAGGAGGACUUCUACAAGAACUGGGUAAGAAGAUUUCUUAUGACGAGAGUAAAUCUAGGACAGUAAUUGUAUCAACAUAGGCUAUCUAAUGUACAAACAUACAGCAUAGCAACCAAUAGGAUACAACAUGUAACAGUUUCCUGUGGCUGUGUGUCCCUCCGUCCGUCUGUUCAGCUGCAGGUCUUACUCUCAUCAGGAGACUCGGAGCAGACUGCUGCGAUUGCCAUGGCAGCCACCCAGCGCUACAGACAAUCUGUGGACGUGUGGUGCCUGGCCCUGCAGACGAUGGUGCAUCUGGGGAGUGGCGCCACGGGCAAGCUAUUCCAGGAUGCCCUAACACACGUGAAUCCCAAGGUACACACACACACAGUCAUUAAGUGCUGCUGUGAAAGUGGGGCAGCUCCAACUCUGUCCCAGAUACUUUCCUACAGCAUAUUAACUUACUCAAAUGACUGCUAUUCCCUGCUAAAAACCAGUUCCAAUAUGACUGGAUGGGCUCAAUUCAAUCAAACCCACAGUGCAGUAUUUACGUGGUAGUUCCAAAUGACAUGACAGAAUUGCUUCAGGUACUGUUAAAUCCUAUUACUAAUACCAGGUAGACUUUCCUCACAGAAAUUCUUCAGGUACUGCAAAAACCUAUUACUAAUACCAGGUAGACUUUCCUCACAUGUAAAUUCUUCUAGUUUUCAGAAUAAGACUCCUGCACGGGCAGUAUUAGUUACAAAGACACUGCAUUAACAUUGCUAUUGUGGGCUCAAUUGAAUCCAGCCCACAGUCAGAGGUUUUUCCAACGCUUCGCCGUGUCGUGUUUGGAGGUCAGCGCGCAGAGCUUUGUACCCACUGGGCAAAAACUGGUUGAAUCAACGUUGUUUCCACUUCAUUUCAACAAAAACAUUCUAUGUGAUGACGUUGAAUCAACAUGGAAAACUGAUUGGAUUUGAAAAAAGUAAUCAAUGUGAGGGAAUUUUGCCUUUUUUUUCACCCAACUUUUAACCUAAAUCCAAUGACAUGACAUUUUGUUGAUUUCACGUUAGUAGACGCUGAACUGACGUCUGUGCCCAGUGGGUAGUAUGUAGUAGAGCUGGGAUGAUAAACCGAUCAAUUAUCGACACUGACCAUACCGAUCACUUAUCGCAGGCAUUUUGCUGAUAUCGUUACGAUAAGUAGCCUAUACUAGAGAAAUGUGAAGUUUGAAAUGAAAUAAGUUUGCUAAUAUGGGUGAUUGUUUAGGGGACAACUGAUGGCUACAACCAUCAAACUAGUAGUAGAAGUAUAAAGGAUCAUUAAUAAGACUGUGGUGCACAUUGUUGUAAAAGUAUCGUUCUAUUCAUCGUUAUCACAUCAAUUCAGGCAAUUUAUCGCGAUAUAGAUUUUGUAGCUAGUCAUUCAUUGUUAUGAUGGGUGUUGCGCAAUGUAAGGGGCGGCUCACGAGAAGGGGCUGACUGUGUGAGGGGGGACUAUGUUCACCCUCCACUUCGUUUUGUAAUUAUGUAGUCACAAAGACAUUGUUGAUCCGGGGUGUGAGUUGCGAAAUAAUAUGGGCCCAAUGGGAUUGUCUCUGGAAUGUAAAAAACAUUUUGACUAAGAUUUAUGGGAAAAGGAGUAUUUUACAAAAAUGUUUGGAGCAUCGGAGUGUGCAGGCAGUACUUACUGGUAACACUUUUUCCAGCCCAGCAACCCAUGAAAAUAUUUUAUAUGUAAAAGGAGCAUCUUACCUGAUGUUAACCACCCUGGUCUUGUCUGUUGACAGUUGAGUUUGCCCCUGUGGCAGCUGCAGGUGGAGUGGAGCAUGACAUCACAGAGCCCAGAGGAAACUGAGGCCCUGUUUCAGGUACAGAACCAAGCCCAACCUCUCAAAUUACAUUAGUCUGUUAUGACAUUUCAAUACAAUGCCAGUUUACAUUUGUCAUAAUUCGAAUCUCCGUCCAGACAGUGCUUUGACCAAGCUUUUUCUGGUUCUAUGUCAUUCUUGGCCUCCAUUGUGUCAUAGUGCAAAAGCAGUAGUGCCUCAUAGGCUGCGUUUACACAGGCAGCUUAAUUCUGAUCUUUUGACCAAUGACAUCAGAUCUUUUCACAUCAGAUCUUUUUCAGAACUGAUCUGAUUGGUCAAAACACCAGUUUGUGUAAACGCAGCCAUAUUUGCUUACAUACAAUGUUGCCUGGUUGGAUGAGAAUUAGUUGUAACAGUUUGUUUUUCCUCUGCUCUCAGAGAGGUCUGCUGUCUGUGGUGCCUGCCGUUUCCAUGGAGAUAAAGGAGAAGUACAUUGACUGGUCCUACAGGGCCGGAGGCUACAAGAAAGCCAGGAAGACCUUCACAAGGUACUGAAUAUUAAUAAUAAUAUUAUAUUAUUCAUUUUUCUCACCAGUUCUGCAUUGAAGGCCAAAUCAUUACAAUGGUGAUUCUAAUUCACAGUACUUAUUUUGUACAACAACGUAUCCUCGUUUUAGAUUUGUAAGUCGCUCUGGAUAAGAGCGUCUGCUAAAUGAUGUAAAUGUAGAUGACUUAUUACUAUGCAUUUACUAAGUUAAGCAUUUUGACAAUUUUUUAAAUGUAAUUUUACCUUCUCUUAUUUUCCAGUUUGCAUGAGAGCCGGCCCUUCUCCAAGGCCUUUUUCACCAGAAUGAUCCAGAUUGAGAAAGAUCAAGUAAGUGUGUCAAGUCACAAUGUAUGAGGAAACAAGAACCCAAGUCCAUGCUCAGACAAAUGCAUGUGGCAACCAACCAAGUCUCGAACUAGCCUGUUGUUCCAAUAUCAACACAUGUUGUUGUGGCUUCAUGUAGAAAAUGUUGUAUCAAGGGUUUAACUAUUCACACUGUUAGGAUUUUGUAAGCCUGUUCCCAGAUCUGUUUGUGUUGCAUAGACAACUCUUAUGGUCGUUAACAAGGCUGGUGUACUAACUGGAAUGAUGUGACUGUUCUUUUAGGAGACUCCCAAGAUGAGCAACCUGAGGGACUUCUAUGAGAGAGCCCUGAGGGAAUUCGGCUCCACAGAUGAUGGUGAGAUUCUGAAAACACAUUCAAAGCAGCCCAUUUAAAAUAAGUCCCACAGGGAUUCUUUCAUGUCAGUUGUUACACUAACAACUAAAAUACUUCCAAUAGGCCAGUAGAAGAAUGAACAAGACAUACAUGGUCGGAACUACAGGGUUUGCAGGCUUUUAUUAGAGCCCAACAUUAACACAACUGAUUCAACAGGAACUUUUAUUAACUGAUUGAGGUGUUUUAGUAUGGCAGGAAUAUAAACCUUUACAUCCUGUAGUUUUCUGGGACCAGAGAUGCUGAACCUGGUCAAAUUAAGUUGAGAUGGUCACUCAGGACUGUCUGUAUGGCUUUUUCCCUCCAGAUCUGUGGCUGGAGUACAUCAGAGAGGAGCUGGGGGCAAGCGGCCAGCCAGAAAACUGUGGGAAGAUCCACUGGAGAGCCAUGAAGCUGCUGGAGGGGGAGAGUGUGGAGAGAUUCACUGCCCAGUACACCCAUGCUGCAGACUGGACACAUCUAGAACACACCUGACCCCCCCCCCUGUCCAAGAAGUGGACUGUUCCAACAGUGUUGUGGGAAACAGCUUACUGUGCAACUGAAGUUCAGAUGAGUAGGUAGAAGUUGCUCCUAACCACUGAUACAGGGUCAGAACUAUUUGAUCAUCCUAAUGGUUAAGGUUAGGAUUGG